GCCAUAUCAUGUGAUGUCAUCGACAGUCUUUUUUCUUUUAUAAGUACUGCGUAUAAAACUUUUUUUUUGCCUUCUAUGAAAUCCUAGUUCAUCAAGAUUUCGGUGUUAAGCACCCGCCAACUAUGUAUUUCACACACUAACUCCUCCCUAAUUCAUUUGUUUACAUGUGUAGAGUUUUAAUUUCAGCGCGAAGAUCUCUGGGCCGGUGGUAGGGUGGCUUGCAAGUCCUCCACUACCAUCAUCCACUCUUGCGCGGUGUAUUGUGGGCAGUCCUCGGUCCUCCGGGUCCAGUCUCCUGCACCCCAUCAGAAAAAAAUGGCUGCCUCGGCGGCAUCGGCGGGUUCUUGCCCCGAUUAUUGCCCCAGCUUCGCCGUGGUCUGCUCGUUCCUGGAGCGCUACGGCGCGCUGCUGGAUCUACCGGAGCUCACAUUCCCGCAGCUGGAGAGAGCGUUUCGGGAAACCACGACCGUUCCAAAAGCCCUUGUGGAGCUUCACUUAAAAUUAAUGAGGAAAAUCGGCAAGUCUGUUUCAGCUGACAGAUGGGAAAAGUACCUUGUCAAGAUGUGUCAGGACUUCAACAGCACCUGGGCCUGGGAGCUGGAGAAGAAGGGUUACCAGGAGAUGACUGUGGAGUGUAAAGUGGGCAUCCUCAAGUACCUGUGUGAGUGUCAGUUCGAUGACAACCUCAAGUUUAAGAACGUGAUCAACGAGGAGGACCCCGAGGCGAUGCGCCUGCAGCCGAUCGGGCGGGAUAAGGACGGCCUGAUGUACUGGUACCAGCUCGACCAGGACCACAACGUGCGAGUCUAUGUGGAGGAGCAAGACGACCAGGAAGGGACCUCCUGGAAGUGCAUCGUCAGAACCCGUAAUGAUUUGGCAGAGACUGUGGAACUCCUGAAGGCUCAGAUCGACCCGGCUCUGCUCACCAAAUCAGUGCAGCUGGAGGGCUCCUCUAGCGCCAGCCCCUCUCCUGAUGACGAGGAGAACAAGGAGGGUGCAGAGCUGCUACCUGAUGGUGAAUCCCCAGACAAGAAGGUUGAGAAAAUGGAGGAAGAUUCGAAAGAACCAGAAAGCAAGCCUGCAACUGAGUCUGCUGCUCUGUCUCUUGCUCCUCCUAAAAGCGAAAGUGAAGAUAAGGAGUCCUCUAUGGCUGAAAAUGAAGAGAGGAAACCCAACAUAAAGGAGGAGCCCAAGGAAAUCAACAAGGAUUCUGUAGAAAAGAAAGAAGAGAAGGAGCAGACGCCAGUUAAAUCGGAGGAAAAGCCCAUUAUAGACAACAAAGUCAGAACCAUCACGGCAGUGAUAAACGAAGAACCAAAAGCUCCUGAAAAUGUCAAAAGCUCUGACCAAAAUGUGACUGCCCCUAUACCAGAUAAGCAGGAAGUAUCCAUAAAGAUGGAACCCUCAGAGGAGAUUAAGCAGAAGUCCUCUGAAGAAGUGGAGCGAGCCCUGAAGAAUGACCAGCAGGCCAUCGAACCCUCAGAGGAGGUUAAGGAGAAGUCCUCUGAAGAAGUGGAGCGAGCCCUGAAGAAUGACCAGCAGGCCAAGAUCCCUCUGAAGAAGCGGGAGAUCAAGCUGACAGAGGAUUUCGACAAUGGUGGGAAGAUCGCCCGCAAUCCAUCAGUAACCCCUACCAAGGAUCUGCUGAGGGAGGAGGGAAAGACUGAAGAGGAAGUCCACCGACCGGCUUCUGCCUCAGAGAAAAAGGCAGGAGAAGAGCUUGUUAAUGGAGAAGUCUCUGCAGCUAAGGAACCCAACAAUUGCAGAACUCAAGAAGAGCCGAUGGACACAGGGCAUCCUCCGGAGAAGAAAAGCCAAGAGGAAAGCCAACAGGACAAAAUGGCAGCGGGAGAAGGAGUGAAGGAAGAGAACGGUUUGACUGUGUCCCAAAGGAAGGUCUCCAGGGACCCACCUGAGGUUCAAGGAAAGAAUGAGAAGAAACCUGACCAGCCCAAGAAAGGAGGUGUCUUGGAGAAAGCAGAGGAAGCUGUUUCCGCUGCAAAGGUUUCAUCAACUCUUGAAGACUGCUGUAAACAAGAAGAAACCUCAGAGGAACCAGUGGAAGCAUGCAAGACUUCCACAGCAAAGUCUGACCCUGUGGAGAAACCUGUGAUGUCCUCAAAGGAAAAGAAAGAAGCAUCCACUAAACUGUUAAAAGAAGGAGUUGAAGAACCUGUGAAAGACGCCACAUUGCACUCUCCAGAGGACUGUAGUCCCACAGAGAAAGAACUUCCCUCCGAUGACAAGGAAAAUAAUAAAGAGGGUGCUGAUGAGAAGACAGAUUGCAGUCCUGAGGAAAUGGAUGUCAGUCCUGAUAAGACGUCUAUCACCAGGACUCCUAUGGAGGAGAAGACAAAUAAAGAGGACACAGAGGAGAAACCUGAAAAUGCAGAUGCUCAGAAGAGCAAGGAAAGCGAACCACAACAGGGGGCAGACGAUAGCAAACAGGACAUAGAAGCCAUGGCAGAGGUUGGAAAUGACCCAGAAGAAAACCUCAACAAGGCUGAGGGUAUAGCUGACAGUGAGGUCUCGUCGGAGAUCCAGACGGGAGGUAUCAGACUGAAGAUCAGGAUCCCGGCUGGUAAGAGGAGGCAGGUCACCCCCCACAAAGAAGGGCAGGAUUCUGAGAUUUCACACCGGAGGUCCCUGAGGAGGUCGCCUCGGAUAUGCAGGCCCACAGCCAAGGCAGCGGAAAUCCGGGACAAGAAGACCGAGAAGAAGCAGGUGGUGGAAGAGGAUGAGGAAGAUGAGGAAGAUGAGGAAGAAAUGGAGAAACCUGCUUCACAAAGGAAAGAGAAAGAGACCACAAAGAAAGCAGAACCCGAGGCACAGUCCAGGGUAAACAAGGGUAAAUCGCGACGGCAGCGGCGUGCAAGGUGGACAAUCUCUCGGUCACGGUGGCGCAAGCAGAAGGGCUCGAGCAAGGAAGAGGAGGAGAGCAACGACGAUGACAGCGAUGAAGACUACAAGGUUGAGAAGGACAGAGACCGAGAUGAGGAGGAUUCGGGGGAGGAAGAGACAGAAGCAGCCAAUGACGACCCAUGCAAGCGCUGCGGCCUCCCCAACCACCCUGAGCUGAUUCUCCUGUGCGACUCUUGCGACAGUGGCUAUCACACAGCUUGUUUACGUCCCCCAUUGAUGAUCAUUCCCGAUGGAGAAUGGUUCUGUCCUCCUUGUCAACAUAAACUCUUGUGUGAGAAGCUGGAAGAACAGUUGCUGAACUUGGAUGUAAAUUUGAAAAAGAGGGAACGUGCGGAGAGAAGACGAGAACGCUUGGUGUACGUUGGUAUCAGCGUUGAAAACAUCAUCCCUGCUUCUGUAAGUAGUAUGGACUUGGAUACUAAUGGUGCUAAGGAGCCAGAUACGGAAGAAGGGAAGGAAGAAAAGAAGGAAUCGAAAAAGUGUAAGAAUUUGGAAAGGAGGUCUACAAGAGCAAGGAAAUCUAUAAGCUACAGGUUUGAUGAUUUUGAUGAGGCAAUCGAUGAAGCAAUAGAGGAAGAUAUCAAAGAGGCAGAGGGUGGAGUACAUGCUUGUUCCCCUGACUCAGGUGCAGGCCGAGGGAAGGACAUGGCAAACAUCACGGGGCACCGGGGGAAGGACAUCUCCACCAUCCUGCAGGAGGAGGGCAAGGAGAAUCGGCGGCCGCCGAGAGCGACAGCCGUCCACAGGAGGAAACGCAGGCGCCUCAACGACCUGGACUGCGACAGCACUGCGGACGAAGAUGAGAGCGAAGACGAGUUCAGAGUCAGCGACAGCACGGAGGAGGAGGAGUUUGUUGUGUCGGAAGAGGAGGAUGUGGACAGCGACGGGGACCCAGGCUCCAAUGACAGUGACUUUGGGCUGCGCACUCGGAAGACUGCGCGGCAGAGGCGUGUCAAGCCCAAGAAGCAGAGCACAAGGCCGCAACGGAGGCGAGGCCGGAGAGAGUACUCCGACGAUGAUGAAGAGGAGGAGACUGAGGAGGAGGAGGAGGAGGAGGAAGAGAUGGAAACGGAGCGUUCGAGUGACUACAGCGAUGAUGACCUGGACAUGCGCAGGCGGCGGUCGCGGAGGAGCCUGAAGAAGGAGGUGAACUACUGCGAGACCUCCGAGAGCGAAGGGUCACGGAAGGGCAGACUCACGGAGAAGCACAGACCUCACCGACGCAUGCUCUCCAGCUCUGACAGCGAAGCGAGUUCCCAUACCAAAGACUCGGAGGAAGAGGAGGAGAGGAAAAGGAAAAAGGAAGACUCCUCUGAGGACGACUCGCAUCGGCGGCGACGGCUGAAGCUGAAACGGAGGAAAGCUUCUGAAGAGGAGGAUGAAGAUGAUGAUGAUGACGAGGAAGAAGAGCAGCGCCCUGUCCGCAAGAGGCUAAACCGCAUCGAGACUGACGAGGAGGACGAGCAAGAAGAGGUCGGGGAGGAGGAUAAAGAGGGUCCUCAGAAGAAGAAGGAAGAGGAGGCAACAACUAGGAAGCCACCUUGUCUGUCUGAGAAGACUAAGAAACCCAACAAAAUAGCCAGCAGCGACGACGAGGAAGACACUGUCAGCAAAGGGGAGAGCCCUUUGGACCUUAACCUGGAGGACCUGCCCUCCACUAACGGACAAAGCCUUGGGAAGGGCCUGGAGAGUUUAAUCACAAAGCCCGGUGCUGGAGUAGCUGCUGGUGUGGAUUGUGGCGGGGCUCCCAAGAGCAGUGGUGCCACUGCCACAGCCCUCCGUGUAACAAGUCUGGCACCGAACGGCACCGCUGGGCAGGAGGGUCCCCCACAGGAAGAGGAUGAAGACGACCUUUUGGGUGUGACUGACCUUGUAGAUUACGUUUGUAAUAGCGAACAGUUGUAAGAAAAAAUAUAUAUAUAUUUUUUUUUUUCACCUCCCUUAGUACAAGUUUAGGGGCUAAUUUAUUCCAUAGUAGCUGUUGAUUCCAAAAAGAGGCAAAGGAAAGCAUAACGUGGGGGAGGUGGGUGUGCUUUUUCCAUUGCUCUACACAUAUAUCUAAAGACUUCUCAUUUCCUUUGCCUGUGUCCUUCCUCUCUUCAUGGGGAAAGAUCGAUUUUUUAAAAAGUUAUUCUGGAGGUAAAUUUUAUGAUGUAGAUUCCCAUUGUUGUACUCUCUCUCUCUCUCUCUCUCUCUCUCUCUCUCUCUCUCUCUCUCUCUCUCUCUCUCUCCUAUUUGUCAGUCCAUGUAUCACCUAAAAAAGUUUUUUUUUUCCACAGUCAGAGGAUUUGUAUAUUUUCUAAGAAAAGUAUAUAUUUGGCACUAAUGUGUUAAAAAAAGAAAAAAAAGAAACAAAAGCAUCAAAACGCAUUCCAUACACGCCAGGACUUGGAAUUUUAAUGAAGUGUCUAUUGAUGUUUUAUGUUUAAAAUGUUCAUUUGCUUUUUGGUUCCAGAGUUUUGUAACAUGGAAUGGAAAUAAGUGUGUGUUUUUUAUUUUAAAUUUUAUUUCUCUCAUUUAAAAAAAAAAAAAAAAACAUUUUCUAAAACAUUUUGGUCAGUUGCUACCAAGACAGUUUUGGUGUGGUCUGCAUAACUGAAGAGAUGUAUUCAGUACAAGACUGAUGAUUCGAAAUGCCUCCUGUAAAAGUGUGCAGUUUGUAAAUAGGGUUGCUAAGUACACAAAUAGCUUAUUUCAUAAAAAAGUAAUUCCAGUCGGCACCGCUUUAUCGGGACGCCUCAAGAUAAGUAAAAAUAUCCUGAAUAAGCAACUGUUCCAGUUAGAGAGGCAUUUGAGAUGACCUUAGUCACACUUUUUUUGUUUCUAAAUGAAAAGAAAAAUGAAAUCACAUCACAGUAUGAUUAAUUCUGAUGAGCUACUUUUAUAUAGUAAGAUACAACAGUGUUUAAUGAAGGACUGUUUCAUUAUAAGGCAUACAUCUUAAAGAUGUAUAGCUUUAAACACUCCAUCAUAAGAUCUUGAUACAAAAAGAUUCAAACGUUAUUGCAAACAAAGUACAAAUGUAAAGGCAUGGCUAAACCAUUAUAAUGGCACUUGACACCUUUUUAAACUUUCAUUUGGUUUGUUCUUUUCAGCUGAACCUAAAUGGGUUCUUACAAGUUUUCUAUUAAGAAACAACUUUGUUUGAAGGGAUAUUUAAAAAAGAAAAAGAAAAUGGUCCAAUUUGGUAUUUUUUCAGUUUUUUUUAAAAAAGAUAUUUAUUUGAUUCUUGUGAGUCAUGCCAUCGAGUGGUUGGCAAACCCAUUUAGAAAAACGGUUUUGGGAGUUAUCACAAGAUGAUGCGUGUCUUAGAUCCUUUGCAAAAAUGUGUAUUAUUUUUAUAACUCCCUUUAUUAAAUACUUUGCAGAAUUUCAUGUUCAUAGCAGAAGGAUUUCUUUUGACAAAAAUCUCUACUGUGAUGUUGUGGCAGGAUUAAAAUGUGCCUGGUACAUAGUUGAGUAUGUACAGUUACUUAAUGGUUUUAAUAACUUGAGUCUAAUCUUACAACAAAUGUAGUUUACGCACUCAUCUUGGAGGAUCAUUAGGGAUUUAAUCCUUUGAGCUCCAAGAUAUUGCUUAAAACCUUGAUGGUGUUUUGUAUGUGUAUUUUUAAAUAUAAAUACAUACAUUGACAGAAGACAAGGCCCUGAUAGCUGUCUACUUAAUCGUGUAUAUAUUUGUAGCUUACAACUAACAUGUUUUAGAAGCUUUUUAAAACAAAUCCAAAAAGAUAUAAAUCAGUUAUUUUAUAAUUGCUGCUGCUUUUAUAUUUUUCUUUUGUAGUAAGUUGUGAUUCUUCGCACAAUUUGUGUAAUGUAAAGUAUUGGAACGUUCAAAGUCAUACUGUUAUCUGUAGAGCUGGGUUGAAACUACCCAUCCCGGCUUUCUCAUUUUAAUACACAAUGUAUUCCACAGUUACCUUCCACUUUUGGUACUGCACUGCAGACAGGAGUAAAUCCAAAGCUGUAAAGAAGAUUUUAAACAUGACUACAAUUACUUUAGGGCCUAACAUGUGCUUGGCCUGUAUACAAUCUGCUUUUAAUAGUGUUUUAGGGUCAACAUCUCCUUGGGCUGCUUCAGAACAUCAAGGGUAUUUCAUGGUCAUCUUGUCGAAUACAUUUCUUCAGUACAUUUUUUUUUUUUUUUUUUAAAUACUGGGGUUUUCUUCAACAAAUUCUAAAUUUUUCGUCCACAUUUCAGGUUGAGAACCACAUUUUAUAGGUCACAAAAAGAGCAGUCCAUUUUUUAACGAAAUGCCCCCAAAAUGUAAGACUUUGACGUUACUAAUAAAAAUAAAUAACAAAUAAAAGAAAUGUGUAAAAUAAAAUAACUUAUGUUGUCAUAUCUUCUUUUAUUGCCACACUUAAAGACUAACAUUAGUUUAUAUACAGUAGUACUGUAACAAGAUUUUUCAAUACAUGUCCUGCAUUAAAAAAGCAAGGAUUACAUUUGUUUUAAUAACAAAUGUUGACGUAGUAAUUCUAAGGAUUUUCAUUUGUUCACCUGUAAAGUGUGCCCUCCUCCCUCUGUUUUGGCUUUCCACGUUGUUGAGAUCACUUAAAGCCUUUGUUAUUGUUGGAGUUGCCUUCCAUUGGAACAUACUGAUAUUGUAUUUAAAUUGAUACAGCAUAUUUUGAGAGGGUCUACAAGCAUUUACAUGCAGCUUAUAAAACGUUGUGUACUUUAUUUUUGUACUUACUCCACCAAAUGUUUUUUAAUGUCACCUUGUGUGCUCAAAGGGUUGAAACAAAAUUGUGUCACUGUUUUAAUUCUGGGAUUAGUGUAAAUCUAAAGAAAUUACAAAUCAGAAAAAGUUAGUGCCAACGUUUUUGUUAAGUAAGUGUUAAAUGUUGUCUGAUAAACAGGUCCUGAACAGACUGUAAUGUGCUAGGCCUCAAGCAGUGCAGUUUAGCUGUAGGCCGUGUGUCUGUGUAACACUUUUUUUUUCUUUCUUUCAGAACGUUUUGUUAAAACCUGCUGUAAUUUCUUUCAUAUAAAUAAAAAAACUUGUACAUUUGUCAUAAAAGGUUAAAACCUACCUUAACAA